GCGAAAUUACAUGAAAAAGCGAGUAUUCACCGAGAUUCCCAACCGUUCUUUUGCUCGGCGCCGAAUACUUCGUUGAUUUCGGUUGUUAUUUGCGCGUCAUUUCCAUUUUGAAUUCCUUGAAAGAAAAACGAGCACAUUGGAGACCUAGCAUAACAGGCAUAAUGCUGUCCAAUGACAGUGGUCACUGCGACUCUGCAUCUACCCCACGAAGAGUACAAAAACGUCUCUUCGUUCCAGGAACUAGUUCUAGCAAGAAAAAAUUAUUCCAAGAAGACAGUCCAGUGAAUUCCGACGCUACUUCAGAAGAUUCCGAUUUAGGUCAUAUGUCACCAUUGGCCGUAACCGAUCAAAGUCCUACCAGUAUUGGAAGCUCUCCUGGUCGAGAAUUUCAAUCUCCUGUAGUUACUCCGAGUACCACACCAAGGUCUCGACGUUCUAUGUCGUGGGAUCGUUUGAUGCCAAACGUUGAACAGAAAUGCCUUGAGACAUUAUCACCUUUCAGUGCUCUUAAAAGACUGACUCUAGUUACUAGGUCCUCUCCAAGACGGAAAAUAAUUUUAAACUCUCCCAAGUCAGGUUCUCUGACAACUCCAACCAAAGCAAACUUUGAUAAUUCAUUAUCUCCUCUGAAUAAUGUAGCGCCAUUAUUUGCAACAGAAAAUCAAAUCCCAGAUAUACCACAGAGACACCUCGGUACACCCCAGAAAAGUUCUGAGCCUAAUUCAGAAGUCAAUAUGGUGUCAGAGACUCCUUCCAAGGAAGAGAGUCCCUUGCAAAGAUUAAUUACUCCUCUUGGCUCCGUAAGCAAGGUGGCUCCGCUGCCUCGAUUGCAUCGAAGAAAGUCCACAAACGUUUUUGAUGACAAUGCAAGUUCUUCUCCAGAUCAGAAGGAAAAUUUUCUGAAAAGACACACUCAAGACACAUUGGUAACAAGCACGGCAAAACUGUUGAAAUCUGACGAUGCUUUAAUGAUACCCAAGGCUCGAGCGGCUCUUUUUCAGGAGAAGAAAGAGAAGGAAUCCAAAAUAAAGGAAUUUACGCUAAGCGCAAAGUCCUUUUAUAAUCUGUCUUCCAAAGAUCCAAAAAGGGAAAGGACAAAAUCUUUCGUUAUGCAAAGAAAAGAGUCAGAAAGAUCAUACAAAAGACGAAGUUUGCCAACAAAUCACAGACGCUCGGUGAAGAGACGUCGGCUAGGAGAAAUUAAUGCUGGGGUUUACCACGCGAUUAAAAAGCCUAAAACUAAGCGUAAUGUUCCGCGGACUGAAGCAUGUAAAAAAGAGAAACAUUCUUCACCAUCCAAACAACUUCAAAAUUCCUCCGAUGACAAUGAAGAGAAUUCAUUCAGAAGUAAAAUUCCAAAAUUGGACAACAUUCCUGUAUUGCAAAGAGCACCAUCUCCAGAAGUUGAUCCUAGUAAACGAUUCUUUAAAACAAACCGAACGAUUAAAUCAAAUCAUGUGGCUACUGUAACGGUAAAUAAUAAAAUUAAGUUGUGUGUGUCGGAUGGCAAAAUUGUACUCAAUAAAAAAAAGAAAUCUCGAAACAACAUGCUCAGGAAGCCAAAAAUUAAUGAUCUCUCAUUUGAUGCUUCUGAUCUAACGGUAGAUGAACCAGAAAAUGAAGCAAGGGUAAAACAUAACAAUGUUGCAGACAUUUUGAAAAUUUUGGAGGAUGAUUGGGCUGAUGAUGAUUACGACAAAAUGGGAACAUUGACUGCUUCUGAGGUUGCAGUUUCACCAAAGAAGUCAACAAUUAACCUCGAGGAUAUAAUGAUGUCGCCCGCUAGUGAAUUGAGCAACAUGACCUCUGUAAUGAAUAUCAAAGAUCCUUGCUCUGUAAAUGCUAAUCAAAUUAUUAAUGGCAAGGAAUCUGAUGGUAAAGAAAAGAUGCACAAAGAGAACACAAUAAAGUACUAUCCCCUGUUUGAAAAGGGAUACUCUGGACAGCAUUUCGACGAUGAUAAUAGCAACAAAAAAAGUAGAGGAUUAAAAAGACCUGCACAUUGGGAGACGUUAAUGAAAUGUGGGGCUGCUAACGAUCAAUAUCAAUUGGAUGCAGGCCAAAAACGAUUCGGUGAAACACAGUGUACCGAAUGUGGUAUUGUUUAUCAAUUGGGUGAUCCUGAAGAUGAGAACUCUCACUUAAAUUAUCACAAUAGUCUCAAGACUAUGAAUUUUAAUGGUUGGAAAAAAGAACGAGUCGUAUUCGAAGAUCCCUUCACAGCGAGCAAAAUAAUUUUAAUCGAACCCAACGAUCCUGUGCAUUGCUGGAAAAAAGUUACAGAAGUAUUGGGCGUCAUCGAUAGAGAAUUAGGUUUGUCUGAUGUGCACAUCACCAAUAGAGAUAACAGGAAGGUUUACUUCUACUUGAGAUCUAAAACAAUCCUAGGAGUUUUGGUAGCGGAUUAUGCGAAAACUGCUCACCGCAUGAUCCCAGACUUAAUGGAAUUUGAUUGCUGCACAGUGGAGAGCACGCCAGUGAAAUGUGGAAUAAAUAUUAUCUGGACAGCAAUGAGCCAUCGCAGACAAGGCAUUGCUACAAAACUCGUUGACAUACUUAGAUCGAACUACUAUUUUGGCUACACAAUGACCAUGGAAGACAUUGCAUUCUCUAUGCCAACCCCAAGUGGCAAAAUCUUUGCUGAGAAAUACACAAAAAUUCGAAACUUCAAAGUUUACAGUUAAAACACUUCGUGCUGAUCUUUUUAUUACAGCAUUAUUUAUCAGGAGGUAUAAAUAUUACAACUGAUUUUACUACCUUUUCUUUUAUAUAUUCAUUACAACCAAUUUUAAAAACCCCUUUGUUUUUUUUAACUUUAACGCCAGUUGAUCAUAUCUGUCAGAGUAUAUCCUUUGUUUUUUUAGAAAUGGAUGGUACAGCUCAUAAAAUUUUAAUUACGACGAGUCGUGCCGAAGCAACUACUCCGCGUAUAAUAAUAAAAAUUUACAGAACUCAGAUCAUUGACGAAUCGUAAAUGGUAUUUAUUUUUGACAGUUCUCGAUCCCAUGGAUAAAUACACCGUUGGUAGUACAAAAACUCUUAAUGUUCUAAAACGUCUCUAAAAAACUAUCCGCAUAUUUGACAGGGUCUCCCGUAAGCUAAAUAAAUAACACUGAAAGUUUUAUUUUCCAAUAUAUGUACGUACGUAACGACACCUCUGUAAAAUAAAAGAGUUUCAUAAUUUUUA